AUGUAUGCUUUAGUAUUUUCUCAAGGUAUUGCAGCUACUCGUGCUUUCCAGGCUGUUAAACUACAUUGGUGGAUCACCCAUAUUAACUAUUAUGAGUCUCACUAUCCUCAUCGAUCAUAUAACAAAGCCAUUACCAAUGAAUUCAACAUGCUAGUAAAAUCUAAAGAUUUUGUUGACUUGAAA